AUGGUGGAUAGGGGCCUUGAGCCAAAUGUGGUCAACUACAAUGUGUUAAUCAACGGGUAUUGUAAGAAUCAUAAGUUGGAUGAAGCCGUGCAGCUAUUCGAAAAAAUGAAACAAAAUGGAUUGCGACCAACAGUAGUUACAUACAACAUAUUAUUUGCAGGUCUAUAUGGACAUGGAAGAGUUGGGACAGCAGAAAGUUUGUUUAAUGAGAUGCAAUCUUUUGGUCAAUCUCUAAAUGAAGUUACAUACGCUACCAUGUUGAAUGGUCUUUGUAAGAAUGGAAAUUUGGAGAAGGCAAUAGAAUUGUUUGAAUCCAUGCAGGGUACUCGUAUCUUAGCUAAUAUUAAAAUGUACAAUAUUCUUAUUCAUGACACAUGUCAGGUUGGCCGGUUCGAAGAUGCGAGAAGGCUGUUUAUUGAGAUCCCAAGCAAAGGAUUGGCACCUGAUGUAGUGACAUAUAAUACAAUGAUCAAAGGCCUCUUCCAUAACGAGAAGUCAGUGGAGGCUAACACAUUAAUCAUGGAAAUGGAAGAGAAAGGUUGUUUCCCAAAUGCUAGAUUAUAUGAAACCAUUAUUAAUGGGUUUUUUGAAAGAGACAUGAUUUCCAAAGCAAUGGGAUUUCUUCGCAAGAUGCUAGAAAGAAAAUUUUCACCAAGUGAUUCUGUUAUUGCCUUGCUAAGGGAACAAGGACAAUCUAAAUCUCUAUUAAGUGCAACAUAUUUCCCCAAUGUACGGUUUCUUUACUUGCCACUUUUUGGUGAGCUUGGUAUGGUGGCUGAGGGACAAAAAGCACUAGAAGAGGAUGAAGCUCUUAAUAAGGAAUACCAGAAGAGCACUAGGAUCGAAAGGGAAAUAAGUAGUGGUUUUGCUUCAAGGAUAGCCUACGCUGCUCUUAAGAGAGAAGCAUGGACCGCGACAGAGCACCAAGCCGGGAUGGUGGUAGGGUUUAGUAGGGAUGAUAGUGGUGAUACCCGAGUUCGAGGAAGAGAUUAUGACCGUAGGAGCAGAGAUCAUGACCGCGCCGGGAAUGUGAUAGGGAAUCCGAGCGUUCCCGGAAUCACGAUUCUAGGAGUCGCAGAAGAUCGCGAUCUCCAUGGAGGAGUUGUUCUUUAA